AUGGAAAACUCAGAUCAUCAUUCCUCACGCACGAUUUUCGACCCAAUUCAUGGUCACGUCACAUUUUCAUCAAAGAUCUGAACUUUUAUAGACAACCCAGUCUUCCAGAGGUUGAGAAAUGUAAAGCAGCUCGGCACAUCCAAUUAUGUGUUCCCAGGGGCAACUCAUAGCCGCUUUGAGCAUUGUUUAGGCGUUGGAUAUUUAUCAAGGAAGCUCUUAGCCACCAUCAAAAAAAAGCAGCCAGAGCUCGAAAUCUCAGAGAAUGAUCUCACAAAUAUAACCCUUGCUGGAAUCAUGCAUGAUCUCGGACAUGGACCUUUUUCGCAUGUUUUCGAUGCAGAGGUCGUCCCAGCUCUUGGGAUCCACAAUUGGACACAUGAAGAAGCUUCAGUCAGCUUGCUCAGGUAUAUGAUUGAUACUUAUAACUUGGACAUAGAGCAAGAAGAUAUAAGAAAAGUAUCAAAUUAUAUAACAGGGGCAGGAUGCGGGUUUAUGGACCAAAUAGUAAACAAUCGACUGAACUCGAUUGAUGUCGACAAAUACGAUUACAUUAAAAGGGACUGCUACUGCUUAGGCUUCCGAGAGUUUCCUCUAGAUAUAGACAGACUUAUGAAAAACUCCAAAGUUAUUGACGACACUAUUUGCUAUCAUGAAAAAGUGGUCCAUAGCGUCUACAGUCUGUUUCAGAACAGGUUUUCACUGUUCCAGCAGUGCUACUCACAUAGAGUGGAGCAGUCUAUCGGAUUAAUGUUUACUGAUGCCAUUGUAGCUGCCGAGUCUGUGCUGAACAUCAAAGAAAGAAUAGCUGAUCCUGCACUUUAUUAUCAGGUGACUGAUAAUAUCAUCAACGAAAUUAUGAUAACCAAAGAUAGCCAGCUUGAUUCUGCAAAAGAGAUUAUCAAUAGGAUCCAGAGGAGAAAUCUAUAUAAGCUUGCAGGAGAAUUGAUUUAUCCAGCAGAUGUGUCAAUUCAGAAUAUAACUCGAGAAAACAUUGUAAGCUAUAAUCCGACUUCUGAGCCUUUGUCUGUGGACGAUAUCAUAGUAAAGCCGUUUACGUUGACAUAUGGGAAUCCUGCUGACAGGGUGUGGUUUUAUAAAGGAGACUCAAAAUUCUUGAUUCCUCGAGAAAAAGUUAGCACGUUAAUUCCUGGGAAUUAUUGUGAUAAAUAUGUGAGGGUUUUCGUAAGAAACCCUGAGAAGCAAGAAGUCGCGAAAAAAGCGUUUGAAGCCUUCUGCCAAAAAGAGAGAUAA